AUGAAUGGAAACCACGACACUUUAUGCAGUCGCAUGUCGGAUCAAGACAAUCCUCUCCCUGCUGGAUGGGAAAAGCGUAUGAGUCGUACAAACAAUCAAGAAUAUUAUUAUAAUCAAGCUACUGGGCGAAGUCAGUGGGAACGACCUACAGAAGCAGCGUUCGGAAAAGGAUCUGAUCUCACACAGGACUACAUCAGGCAAAUUAAAAGCUCUGACAAUCCCGAAGCAACAUUCCGAAAAUUGGCGCAGCAGUUCAGCGACUGCAGCUCCGCCAAAAGAGGAGGAGAUUUGGGGAUGUUUGGUCGGCGUCAAAUGCAGAAACCGUUCGAAGAUGCAUCGUUUGCUUUAGACAUUGGAGAAAUGAGUGAUAUUGUCGAAACCGACUCUGGGCUGCAUAUCAUAUGGCGACUUGCAUAG